GCGUCGGCUGCAGCACAGCUUUACCACUCCCGAAGGCCCGAAGCCCGGCGCGCGCUGCGCAGACUGGGCCAGUGCAGUUGAAGAAGACGAGAUGCGAAGCAGAGUUAACAAAGAGAUUGCAAGAUAUAAAAGAAAACUCCUGAUAAAUGACUUUGGAAGAGAGAGAAAAUCAUCCUCAGGGAGCUCUGAUUCGAAGGAGUCCGCGUCUAUGGCGCCAGCUGAUGUGGAGACAGACGAAAGCGUGCUGAUGAGGAGACAGAAACAGAUCAACUACGGAAAGAACACCAUCGCCUACGACCGCUACAUCAAGGAGGUCCCGAGGCACCUUCGACAGCCCGGCGUUCACCCCAAGACCCCCAACAAAUUUAAGAAGUAUAGCCGGCGAUCGUGGGACCAGCAGAUCAAACUCUGGAAAGUGGCUCUGCACUUCUGGGACCCUCCCGCCGAAGAGGGCUGCGACCUGCAAGAAAUACACCCUGUGGACCUGGGGGAGAUGGAGACCGAAUCCGCAGAAAGCAGCUCAGAGUCCCGGACGAGCUCUCAGGACAACUUCGACGUGUUCUCCGGCACGCCCACCAAAGUCAGGCACGUGGACUGCCCGGUAGGCGCCGCCGAGGAGUUUGACCUGGAGGCCUGCUUAAUGGAGCCCCUGAGAGACUUCGCGGCUGCGAGCUAACGGCGCCCCCUGGAGGCAGCGGGAGGCAGGUGCGGCCUCCGCCUGCUGGCCGGCGCCGGCGCGGGCCGGCCGCUGUUGACAGUGCGCUCUGAUCCUACUCUUGCCUUACUUUCUUAAACAUUAACUUUAUGUAUAGUGCGUGUACGUGCAUGUUUUAAACUGUAAGCUGGACCUUCAUCCACGGAAAAUGGGACUUGACGCAGCCUUGCAGCAAACUUCCUCGCUCAGCCCCAGCCGUCCUCCGAGCUGGCCCUUCACCGGGUGCGUGGGCCUUUCGGGCUCCACGGCUCCACUUCCGUUGCUGCUGUCUGGAGCCGUCGGGCUCAGGCACCUUCGGUGCCGUGUGGAGGUUUGGGUUUUGACCCCGUCACUUCAGCCGGGUCCUCCCUCCUCCAGAGCGCCGAGCCGAGCCGUGAGAAGACCGAGCGGAGCUGCUCGUGGGUCUGGGGUCAGCCCUCGCAGGCGGUGCCGGUCCUCGCCAGACUCUGGGCCGGGCGGCCCGGGCCCGACCGCCGCAGGGCUCCCUGUGUAAAGUCGCUGUAAAUGGUAACGUGUACAGACUUCCUCUCGUGUUCCCUCGUAAACUUGUUAAGACUG